AUGCCUUUCACCCGGCCUUUCGUCAAUGGAGUGUCGAGUGAACAGGAAGUGUCGACUUCACACUUCCAGUACCGCUUCACAGCCUGGAUUGCACUGUACAAGAACUUCUUCGAGAGCCUAAUUGACCGCGGCUACGGCGAGUCUGUGCCUACCUUGUCGUCACUCCAAAGUUGGCAAGGGGCGCAGUCCUCUGCGUAUCGCCACGCUGCCUACAAAUCGCGGCACCAAUUCUACCUUUACCUACACAUACAACUUCUCAACUCGUCACGUACAACCGCUAGACUUACGGAAGCCUCGAACACAAUGGCACCCUCAUUCACAGAGAAGUUAUCUUCCGCGCAGUUCACGUUCCUCCUAGGAGACACCCGCGAGUCCGUCACCGUCCAUGCCGGCAUCAUGUCACAGGUAUCUGAGCCCCUAGACCGCCUUAUCAACGGCCCAAUGAAGGAAGCGCAGGAGAAGUGCGCCGCUCUGCCCCAUGUCGAUCGCGAGGUCUUUCUGGGUGUCGUCGAAUACGCAUACCGCAAUGACUACAACGUCCUUCCCUGCGAAAUUGACCCCCAUAUCGAAGUCGACAUGGAGGCUAGAUCGCGCGAGAUCUUGGACAAUUGGGUUCCUACAAUAAGCGAAGAAGAUUAUGCCAAAGCAACCACUCCUGAACACAUGUGGCAUAUGCCACAUUUUUACCCAACGCCCUAUGAGCGCUUUGUCGUCAAGGAUGAAUGUCCAUGUUAUUAUGGAGAAGACUGGGACAAAGUCGCCCCGCACAUGAAAGAGCAACAUGUUGGUCGUGUAAAUUACAGACACAAGGACGUCUUCCUCUUCCACGCCAAGAUGUAUUGCCUCGCUGACUACUACCUCAUCCCCGCACUGAAGGAACUCGCCAAAUCCAAACUCCACGUCGCACUACAACUAUGCAUGGAAGAAAAGUUCGUAACAACCCCGCAGCGGGUCGAAGAUAUCGUCGCCCUGGCUUCCUUUGUCUACAACAGCGACAACACCCAGGACCACGAUACCUCUUUGAAGCGUGAUCCCCUACGAGAGGAGGUAUUGGGUUACAUCAUGGCUCAGAUCCAACACCUGGAGCUGCAACUUGCGUUCCAGAAGGCGCUGGGUGGCGAGGGCCAACUAGCGAUCGAUGUGAUUUCUUGUUUGAGGAAGAGGCUAAGCGACCUCUUUCACAUCCCUUCUAUAUUUAAUAGGUAG